AUGAUCUUCAAAGAAUCACUGAAGAUCUUCCGAGAAGCCACACCAUCCGAAACAGCCAACAAAACCGAUCUUGACUUGGAUUACGACGAUGACGAUUCUAUCGAGUACGCAGUGCAGACGUCUCCAAAAGACAAGGUGCAGGCCACCUUCGACGAGAUCAUCACCAAAAUCUGCAACAAGACCUUAGAUCUAAGAAACGGGAGCUCUCGAGCUGUGUUCCUGGCCGACUAUUCCCACGUCCUGGACGAGAGGACUCGGGUGGAUAGACAGACCUUCCUCCAUAUAGCGGCGAGCAGGCUGGCACACAGCACUGCUAUACGCUUCAUGGUGAGGAAAAAGGGGCAUCUCUUGCAAUAUAAGGAUGCCAACGAAAGGACCCCUCUGCAUGUUGCUAUUGUAUAUGGGAACCUUGCCUUUGUGGACGCCAUAUUGAAGGAGAUCAAUGGUACGGAAUUGGACAUUCUUCUGCGGCAGACUUCUGAAAACGGACGGAACUGUAUCCAUGCUGCCAUUCAUCACUUUAUGGACCAUGAUUAUGCCUUGAAGCUUAUUGAGGGGACGUCGAACACUACCCUUUCGGCGCGCGAUAAGAAUGGUCUUACCCCCUUGCAUCUGGCAGUCGAGUAUCACCGGUCUUCUGCCUCGCAACUGAGCCUUGUGAAGGCGCUCAUCGCACGCGGAGAUGCGGCUUUGGAUCAGUUCACGACAGAUCCGCCCGGUCUGUCCGUGUACGAGUACCACCGCUACACGCGGGAAAAAGCCCAUAUGGGCCAUCAGGGCGCAAAUGCAGGGAGCUCUCUGGAGAUUCUGGCAGGAAAGACUGAAGACCAGGCGACUCUAGUCGGAGGUAGGAGAGCGCUUGACGAGCUGCCGGUAAACCAGACCACUACAAAGCAGCAGCAGCAGAUAGAGAAGUGUGAUCCGAGGCAAGAACCAAGGAUGAACAUGUCUCGAGAAAGUCAUACAGCUUCGUAUGCAGACAACAUUCAACAAGAGAUCAAACUGUACUACCUUCGCUCAACCUUUGAAAGUGCUCCCGAACGGAAUAUUAGAGAUCAGCUCUCGGCAACGAGGUUCCUCUAUGGUGCAAAUAUACAAAAUGUCAACCUGUCAUUUGACUUCUCUCAAGGUCCAUUGACCAUAUCACAAGACUCAUUCGAAGACAGCUACCGUCAUAUGGUCUUCGACGAAGUCCUGCGAUACGUAUCGUUCCGACCUGUGCUAUUGCAAAAGCCUCCUGGGCCUGCUCCAGGUUCAACGCUAGCGAAAAAGCUAGCUCAAACCAUGAAAGAGGAUCAAGGCCCGAAUGAUCUCGUCUUCUUCUUCAACUGGCUCUAUUGUAAAAAUGUGAGGCACAUUCUCAAGGUUGUUGUUCAUGAUACAGAAGAUGCGCCCCACACAGAUAAGGCUAUCGCCGAUUGCCUCAGCAGGUUCGAAAUAGAGACGUUGUCAUGGCGAAAGGUCGAUUUGAGUUCUCAGACGCUAUUCAAUGCUUGCCGGGGUUUAAAAGAAGUUUAUCUUCGAUGGAGCGGGAAUCCAUCUAUCUUGACGGACUGGACUGAGCAGGAUGGCCUUCUACGAUUGGAGAAGCUCGAAUGUGUUCAUCUGGUAUGGAAUAAGGAAGAGGGUCCGGAAGCAUUUCACAAAGUUACUUCCGCAGUGGAAUAUCUUCAAUCAAGGCUCAACCAGGCAGUGGAAGAAAUCAAUGCUGCUAGAAGGACUAACACCAAGAACAGCAACCUAGCUCAGCCUCGCAAACCAAUUGUUGUCAGGAAAAGUGAAAUUGGUGUUUCAACAAGCAAGCGACUCAAAGAUACGGCCAGCCUAGCUAACAUGUCAAUCGGCCUACGAAAGAGAAGAAUACAGCCCAAUCGGUGGUUGGAUUGCAUAGACAGAUUUGCGGACGAGCUUCAAAAUGUCAAGGUGCCCGUAACAGAUACGCUUGUGCUGAAGGAAAAUAUCAAGGUGGCUGUCAUUGAUGAUGGAGUCGAUAUUCACAUCGAGUCCCUUCAAGGGAAGGUCAUCGGAGGCGAAUCAUUUGACCGCACAUACCUUGAUGGCAACGGGACCAGUCCAUAUUACAUAUCCGGUGGUGGCCACGGGACGAUGAUGGCUGAUAUGAUCUGCAGAGUUUGUCCGACGGCCAGAUUGUAUGUCUGCAAACUUGAGAUGCAUCCGGGCCCUGAGGGUGGUGGUGGUAGGCAAAUCUCAGCGAAAGCCGUAAUGGCAGCGGUCCGCCAGGAAGUGGACAUUAUCUCCAUGUCCUGGACGAUCCAAGAAACAGAUGAUAACCAAAGCAGCAUAACUGCACUACAAGAUGCAAUCAGAGCUGCCUUAGAUGCCAAAAUCCUCCUAUUCGGCGCCGCAUCCGACAAAGGCGCCGUGAGCGAAAUUGAAUAUCCCUGUUCGUUCGACAGACGCAUAUUCAGAAUUGGAGCUUCCACAGCCGAUGGCAGGGUAUACGGCCCAUCCGGCAACCCGCAGCACCUGAGCUUCAUCUUCCCCGGACAUAAGAUAUCCCCGCGGAGCCCUUAUCUUGAGAAGGGACUGCCUAUUGAUUCAGAGGAAAAGUCUGGCUCGUCAAUCUCUACCGCCCUAGCAGCAGGACUUGCAGCCCUAGUUCUGCAUUGUAUCCGGCUUGGAGUGAUCCAAGCGGAGAUGGAGACUAGACUGACGGGUAGAUGCUCGUCGACGGCGGUGUGGCUUUCAGAUAUGGAGAAAGCCAGGAACUUUUAUGGGAUGCGCAGUAUAUUUCGGGGAAUGGGCUUGAAUGAGGAUAAUCAGAGGUAUAUUGAGGUGUGGAAGCGGCUUGAUGGGCCGGCUAGGAGGUUAAGGUCGCCUGGUGGUGAAAGUGUCGAUAUGACGGGGUUGGAGAUUAUUGCUGGACUGGCUCGCGAUCUUGUUUCGGGGAUUGCAGAUCGGUAA